AUUUAGUGUGUGACAAUUUUCUCAGCUACCGACACUGUACACCCCAUUUUCUUCCAUUCUUCUCCUUCUUUGCAGUUUCCUUCAAACCAAAUUUCACCAUAAAAGGCUCCUACUUUUUGACCUCACUUCUAACCCAAUAUAUCACUAUUACUGUUACUGAAGUGUUCAACUAUAUAUAGUUGUCAUUUGUAGGUGACUUGAAUGGAGGAUUUGCAAGCAAGUAACUAACUGAUAUAGAUCAACAAAAAUGGAACCUGAGGAGCCUGAAGAGAACAUUACUCACAUGGAUGCUUCGCUGUAUAAGGCAGCAGCAGAAGGCAACAUUGAAGUAUUCAAUAAUAACCAGGGGCUUCAACUUGAGUCGCUAAAGACCCUAAACCAUGAUAACGUGCUCCAUGUUAACUUGGCAACCCAGGAGAAUUCUUUUGACAGAUUUCUCUCAACAAUAGUAUUCUUCCUCCCACUACCUGAACCAUUCUCUUCGGCUUUGAUUUCUUUCAUUGCUAUAAUAAAAGUAAAAAGGAGAUCAAAUUUUAUCAAACAAAUUCUCAGCCAGUGUCCGUCACUGCUACUUCAAACGAAUGCUAGAGGUCAAACUCCUUUGCACGUUGGAGCAAGGUAUGGACAUUCUGCUAUUGUGAAACUUCUAAUCAAGUCUUGUGCAAAAGCUAGAGAUGGAGAUUUAGAGAAGCUGGGAACGGAUCAACUAAUUGCAGUGAGGGAGAUGUUGAGGAUUACGGAUCAGGAAUCCAACACGGCUUUACAUGAAGCAGCAGGGUGUGGCAAUGUUGAAGUGGUGAAAGCAUUGUUGGAGUUUGAAGACCCUGAUUUUCCGUAUUCUGCCAACAAAAAACAGGAGACUCCACUUUACAUAGCAGCUAAGAGAGGAGACGGAGGCGUGCUGAGUGUACUAUUAGAUAAAUCGACAUCAACAGCUCGUGGCGGCCCCCACUGUAGAACAGUUUUGCAUGCAGCAGCUAUGGCUGGAGAUGCACGCAAUAAGGGUAAUAUUAGAGAAGGAGGGGAAUUUGACAAAGGAAAGAGAUGAAGAUGAACACACCCCUCUUCAUUAUGCUGCACACUUAGGUUGCUUUUCUGUUGUGGAAGAACUGUUGAAAAGGGAUGUAUCAGCUGCCUAUGUAGGUGACAAAAAGAGGGGGAUGACACCCCUUCUUAUGGCAGCCAGGCAAGGUUAUGAUGUAACAGUUUCAAAGAUUCUCUCUUUAUGUCCAGAUUGUUGUGAAAAAGUGGACAACAAAGGUUUGAAUUUACUUCAUUAUCAGGCUUUUAGACAUCCAUUAAGGCAGAUGUCUUUGGAGCCUUGGAUUGAAGAGUAUGGAUCAGUCAGAAAUCUAAUGGAGUUGGAAGGUUCCUUUGGAAUGAAACCUCAAGAAGUUAAAAAUGCAUUUGGAUCUGAGAAACAUCAUCAUAAACAGGUGUGUAUAUAUAUUGCAUUUUCAUGGCUAUGGUUUUAUUAAUGUUUAAGUUUUGAACUAACAUAUUUAAUAAACCUUCAAUACAAUCGGUAAAUGUGUCUGGCAUGGUAGAAGCAAAUCAAAGAAUUGUUGGAAGAAAUUCAGAAUGAUCAAGUGGCGGAGGAACCAGUUCGUCCCAUUCUCUUGCCAACUACCUCUCCAGAAAACUUGGACAAGACAAGAGAGGCUCAAUUAAUAGUGGCAGCACUUAUAGCCACCGUCGCAUUCGCAGCGGCAAUAACUGUUCCGGGUGGUUUGGAGAGUGAAAAAGGGUCAGAGCAAGGCACUCCUUUUUUGAUUCAUGAGGCAGCUUUUAAAGCAUUUGUUGUAACAAACGCAUUGGCCUUCAUUUUCUCUAUUUCUGCCCUCAUAGUCCACUUAGAGGUUCUGGAUAGACUAUUAUCAGGAGUUGUUAGGCGUGAAAAAGUUUUAAAUCGAGCUCGAUAUGUUACUGUGCUCCUUGGCUAUGCCACAGUUGCAAUGGUGGUUGCUUUCAGCACAGGCGGUUAUGUGGUCUUAAAACCUUCCCACGUACUUGCCAUUGUUACAUAUCUCAUCUGCCCUGUCUUUAUACUCUGUAUGUGGCUAUUUACGUCAAAAUAAUAUUGCUUUAGCA